AUGAUACGGGGGGAACCAUUUGCUACAGCAGGACAUCUCAGCUUCUUGCAAGACAGCAUUCCAGGUUCAGAGAGGCCAGAUAGGAGCUCAGGGAGAAACGGGGAGGUAUCUCAAGGAGACUUACGGGCUUAUCACUAUUUUCAUCUGGAUGGGAAGCGGCCAGACAUUUUCCUUACUAUCGCCGCUCUCAAGUUUUGCAGCCGCGCCAAGGACUUAGAAAACGGAAAGAAGAUUCACGGCUACGUGGUCGAGAGCAGGGAAGACAGAGACGUCUACGUUGCGAACGCGCUGCUGGCUAUGUACGCAAAAUGCGGCAGCCUGGGUGAGGCCCGUAAGACUUUCGACGGUAUACUGCAGCCGACAGUCGUUUCAUGGACGUGUGUGAUCUCGGGAUAUGCAGACUGUGGAGAGGCAGGCUUGGCUUUGCAACUGUUUCAACGUAUGAGGGAAGAAAACUGUCUGCCGAACCGUGUCACAUUUUUCGCUGCCUUGAAGGCCUGUUCUGGCUUAGCGGAGGUGGAAGAAGAAGCUAAGCAAGCGGACGGAAGGCUCGUAAAACUUGUGUCACUGGAGAAGGGACGGGAAAUCCAUGCUCAGGCUGCAAAGUUUGGGCUCGACAGGGACACUUUCGUGGCGAGCUCUUUGGUGGACAUGUAUGGGAAGUGUGGGAGUAUGGAAGACGCUCGCAGAGUUUUCGACAAGAUUCAAGGCUGCCAAGACGUCGUUCUGUGGAACUCCAUCAUUCUCGGCUAUGCUGAAUGUGGAGACGGUUGCGCGGCACUCGAGUUGUUCGAGGACAUGCAACGGAAGGGGUUUACACCGAACGCUCGGACUUUCGUCGCUGCUGUCAAGGCUCUGGCUUGCUUAGCCACACCCACGGAAGGUAUCCUCCAAGCGGCUCAGUGCGACGAGAAGACUUUCAUCAGGUGGUGCCUCGUCAAGGCCAGAGAUAUUCACGCCGUGAUCGAGAGCAGUGGACACGCAAGGAACGUAUUCGUGGCCAGCUCUUUGGUGGACAUGUAUGGGAAGUAUGGAAGUCUAGCGGAGGCAAGGCGUGUCUUCGACAACAUGCGGCUUCACGACGCCGUGUCCUGGAACUCCAUGAUCCUGGGAUACGCAGAGGCUGGAGAGCACGAGAUGGCUUUGGAGCUGUAUCAACGCAUGCAGAGAGAAGGCUGUGAACCAAACCGAGUGACUUUCGUUGCUGCGCUCAAGGCCUGCUGUGGCUUGGGAGCUCUGGAAGUGGGAAGAAGUAUAGAGGCGAAUGCGGUGGACUUGAAAAUGGAGGCUGAUAUCGUCGUUGCGACUUCGCUGGUGGAUUUCUACGGCAAGUGUGGCUGUGUGGCUGAUGCGCAGCGGGUUUUCGACGCAUUCCCGGCAACGAAAACCAAAGGCCUGGUUACUUGGAAUGCGCUGAUCGCGGGGUACAGCCGCCAAGGGGACUGCAAGAUGGUCUUCGGGAUCUUCGAGUGCAUGCACAGGAAACGCUUGCAACCGGACGGGAUCACGUUUUUAUCAGUUCUCGCCGUGUGCUGCCAUGGCGGACUGGUGGAAGAAGGCAAGAAGUACUUCCAGGCCAUGCUUCCAAGCUACUCGGUUUCUCCCACAGCCGAGCACUAUGGUUACAUGGUCGAGCUGCUGGGCAGUGCAAACCAGCUCGACGUCGCCCUGGGGAUGGUGAGGAGCAUGCCUGUGCGGCCGAGUUUGAGCAUCUGGAUCACGCUCCUGGGAGCGUGUCGGAAGUGGCGGAACGUAGCUAUCGGAGAGCUUGCAUUCGAGGAAGCAGUGAGACUGGACGAGAAGAAUGCCUCGGCGUAUGUGUUGAUUGCGGCGAUUUACAAGGAAGCGGGAAUGCGGGAAGAGAGCGCUCGAGCCCAGGCAGCUUUGCAUAUUCUUUAA